CUCUCUGUGGAAAUUCUCGAGAAUUCAAUUUCUUGAACGCUCGAACACCCAGAAAACAAAUUCUUCAAUUUCUUGCUCUUUCCCUUUCUCUCUCUAAAACCCAAGAGAGAAAGAAAGAGAGAAAAGCCAAGCCCGGACCAUCCAUGGCUGACAAGAAAGAGUCCAUACCCUACGGGGAAGAAGAGACGAAAAUCCCAGUGUUCACAGUCCUAAAGAAUGGAGCCAUUCUCAAGAACAUCUUCAUCGUCAACAAUCACCCAUGCCCCCCACCGCCACCGUCACCACCGUCCAUUUCCCAAAACCCAGAUCAAGCUCACGAAGAGAUCCUGACUGUCGGACGACACCCCGAUUGCAACAUCACGUUGACUCACCCCAGCAUCAGCAGAUUCCACCUCCAAAUCCACUCAAACCCCUCCAAGCAACACCUCUCUGUCGUGGACUUAUCGUCCGUGCACGGGACUUGGGUUUCGGGGAAGAAGGCAGAGCCCGGGAUGCCCGUGGAGCUGAAGGAGGGCGAUACAGUGAGGGUCGGUGGCUCGAGCAGGGUAUAUAGGCUGCAUUGGGUUCCUUUGAGCUGCGCCUAUGAUUUGGAAAACCCGUUUGUGCCGCCCACGUUGGAUGUGUGCAUGAUGGAGAAGAAAGAAGAGGAAAAUGCAUUGGAAACUUAUCAGGAUGAGGAAUCUGUAUCAAUCGGAAAUGAAAACAUUGAAGAGAAUGAUUCAUUGGUAGUGGAAGGAGAGGAAGAGAAAUCUCAGGAUGAGAAUUCAUUUUCAGUUGAAAAUAGAGAAAUUCAAUCGCAAGAUUUAAUUUUGGAGGGAAAACAGUUCAUGUUUUCUCCGGAGAAUUGGGAAUUAAUUGUGAAGAAGGAAAUACCAUCAGCGCCUCCGUUGCCUGAAAAUAUGAUAUAUGAUGAAAAGGAAGAAGAUGAGAGCCUAUCAAGAACUGUUCUUGAGCCGAGGGAAAUCUCGAGCCUUCGGUCUGGCGUUGGUCCUGUAACCAAGUUGGUGGAUUUGUCUUUGCCUGUUGGAGGAGUUAUCUUGGAGACUGAAAAUCAGCAAUUGAAGAAAGAAAACUGGAGCCCAAAACCUCAUUCUGUCAUGGAAGUGUUAUCUGAAACAGACAACUCUGAGAGCUCUUUAAGAAUUUCAGAGCAGGAAUUUAAGCUUUUGGUAAACAUGGAUUCCUCAUUUUCUGUUCAUGAGGAAGAAGCAACUCAUCCGGCAGCCGAAAUACCUGAAGAAACUGAGAACAAUAUCUUACUGGAGAAAGACCAUAGGCAGAGGGUUGUUUCAAGACCUUGGUCUGGACCUCUCAUGACAGAGAACUCGUUGUUGCCAGUUGAGGAAGUUCCUGCAGAGACUAAUAACCAACAAGUCGAUGAAGGAAGUCACACCCCACAGACUCUCUUGGCCUUGCAAUCACUAUUUGAUAGAGGAAAGGAAGACUAUUGCACACCAGAGAAAGAAAUAAACUUGCUGGUGAGCCUGGACUCUGCUUGCUCUGAUGAAAAGAGCCAUUCAAGAGCUGAAUUACUUGAAGAAGUUGAACGCCAGAGUGAAUCAAGUAAUGACCUCGAAAGGGGGGAAAUCUCAAGCCUUUAUUCUGUACCUAUUACAACAGAAUCCAUGGACCCGUCUUUACUUGUUGGGGAAGUUCUUGUAACAGUUCUCCCGGAGGUUACAGAAAAAAAAGAAAGCCAGAGCCAGCAAUUUGCCUUUGCUGCAGCAGGACUAUCUCAAAUAGAACUCUCAGAAAGAUCAUCCCCUGAAUCAGAAGAAAAAAACUUACUGAUGAGCCUAGACUCUCCAUGUUCUGAUGAAAAGAGCCAUUCAGGAGCUGAAUUACUAGAAGAAGCUGAACACCAUAGUGAAUCAAGCAAUGGCCUCGAAGAGAGGGAAUUCUCAAGCUUUUAUUCUGUGCCUAUUACAACAGAAUCCAUGGACCCAUCUUUGCUUGCUGGGGAAGUUCUCUCGGAGGUUACAGAUAAUAAAGAAAGCCAGACCCAGCAAUUUGCCUUCGAUGCAGCAGGACUAUCUGAAAUAGAACUCUCAGAAAGAUCAUCACCUGGAUUAGAAGAAAUAAACUUGCUGAUGAGCCUAGACUCUCCAUGUUCUAAUGAAAAGAGCCAUUCAGGAGCUGAAUUACUUGAAGAAGCUGAACACCAUAGUGAAUCAAGUAAUGACCUCAAAGAGGGUGAAAUCUCAAGCCUUUAUUCGGUACCUAUUACAACAGAAUCCAUGGACCCAUCUUUGCUUGCAGGGGAAGUUCUUGUAACAGUUCUCCCGGAGGUUACAGAUAAUAAAGAAAGCCAGACCCAGCAAUUUGCCUUUGCUGCAGCAGGACUAUCUGAAAUAGAAUUCUCAGAAAGAUCGUCACCUGGAUCGGAAGAAAAAUUAGAGUCGUGUAGCAUUUGGUCAAGAAGAGGUAAACCUGCUAGUGUUCCUCUGAUUCAAACAGGUGCAAGUAGAGGGGUUGGUGUUGAUGCUGAAGUUGGAUCACAUAAUUGGGAGGACACCGAAAAUAAAUUGAUUGCUAAAGCUCUUUUUACUGAUUUACAAGAGGAAGAAGAAAUUUUUACCCCGAACAAGGAGAAUUUCACCCCAAACACUCUUCUGGUGAAGUCCUUGAAAAUGAAGGGUAGGACAGGAGAAAUUAAGCACUCUAAGUCAUGGCUAUCAUCCUCUUCCAAGAUUACUUUCAGCCCUGGUAGCCAUCCAGAAGAAGCUAUGACUGCCUCUUCAGACAAAGAGAGCCUGACACCAAAACUUUUUCAUGAACAAGAAUCAGCUAGACCCACCUAUGGAAAUCGCGUGGGGUUGGAACAAGAGAGAAUGCCUAUAAAGAGAAUAUCAGAAAGGGUGCCCUUUCAAUCUUUACUUGUGAACUCCACAGGAAAGAGCAGAGCAGACGCUUCGGUCCCUGAUGCUGCUAUGAGAAGCUGCAAUUCCUUCACCUGUACUCAAACUAAGGCUAACAACUCCACUGGAGAGGCCAAGAGAAGCUGGAAUAUGGUAGUGGACACUACUACUCUUCUGAACAAGGAAUCAAGGAAGUCAUUACUUCUUUUACAGGGUCUCAAGGGAACUCAUUUAAUUAUUCCAAGAAUGGUCCUAAGGGAGCUGGAUACUCUGAAGCGACGUGGUAGUCUGUUUAGAAGAACAACAGAGGCUUCUUUGGUGUUAGAAUGGAUUGAAGAAUGUAUGGUGAAAACAAAGGGGUGGAUUCAUGUGCAGAGCUCAUUUGAGGAGGAUAGGGCGCUUGCUCCUACCCCUCCUGCUUUUCCUCAAUCUUCUUAUAGUGAGGCCAGUGUGGGAUCUUCUUAUGGAACAACAAGCUCAAUGCCAUUUUCAAGCUAUGGGAGUUUGACAGAAAUUGUUUCACCAACAGCAGAAGACCAUAUCCUUGAUUAUGCUCUUCUAUACAGGAGAAUGAAGAAUGAUGGACGUCUUAUCCUUCUCAGUGACGAUGUCACAAUGAAAAUCAAAGCCAUGGCAGAGGGUUUGAUCUGUGAGACAGCACAAGAAUUCCGUGAGAGUCUGGUGAACCCCUUCUCUGAGAGGUUCUUGUGGGCUGACAGCUCUCCCAGAGGGUUUACAUGGUCUUAUUUAGAUGAUGUAGUUUUAAGGGAGCAAUACUCUCGCCGCCCCUUUAAAAAAUCAGCCAAAGGAGAUAGUGCAAAGGGUUUGAAGCUCAUUCUGCUCCACAACUUCCAUUAUGGGCAUAUCAGUUCAGUCAGCUAAUACAUUUUUUGCCUCUACUUUUUC